AAAUAAUCCGUCCAUGAGGUUAAUGAAAUCCUGGCGAAAUUCUUUUUUGCAUUAUUCGUUUUUUUUCUCCUCUUCUCUUAUUUUUUUGCCAGCUACCGUGGAAAAACAAGUGAUGAGCGACAUUCUUGCGCCGGAUGCAAUUUUUUUUUUCGGUCUUCUUCUUUUUCCCUCUCUCUCUUCUUCUUAUUUACAUGGGAUUCGAAGACGAGGGGAGUGCUGGGGCGGAUGAUGUACAUUUUGGGCGAUUGAUCAAGGACAAAGGGGGCUUGGGAGCAAGGGACAAAUGGUGUUUGUUUUCAAAAAUGGGAACCCCAAUUGCUUUUUAUUUUCGCGCCAGAGAUUCCGUAGGGAUUCGGGUCAACGAAAGUCUGAAAUGGCAUCUUGAUUCUUCACGUAUUGCGUAUUCUCGUUACCUUUGAUAUUUCUAUUGUGUGUUUUGAGGAAUCAUUCUCCAUGGCCUGUGGUUGCGAGCAACGUCCUCUCAUCUCAUCCAUCUCGCUCGUAACCAGCAUUCAUGCCACCACUGGUGCCCGUAAUUAAAACGCAAAUGCUCAUUCUUCAAAAAGACCAAUAUCCAAAAAUCCCGCUUGAUAACGCUAUCAAGUACCCCUCUCAAAAACCUUGGCAUUUCCAUCUGCCCCAACGUGGUAUAGAUAUUCGGCACUCGCCUCUGCUCUAUCGCGCUCUGUGACUCUUACCACACCGCUCACAUCCUUGGCUACGCCUGUGUCCAGCAUCCUAAGGCUGAGAAUCACAUCUGCGGCAUGUGCUUGAGCGAGCACCAGUGCCGCAUGCGAACGCUCCAGCGAUGUUCCCUGGCUGCGUAGAAGAGGGUCAUCUACGGAGAAGGUAAGGACUGUUGCGUGAACACGCU